UUUGUACAUCCGGGUUGUCAUGAAACCAGGAAGUGUCGCUUUUCAUUUGAAUACUUCUAUUUUCAUAUCACUUUGACCAUCAAACAAGAAAGUGUCGCUUUUAAUUUCAAUACUUCUAUUUUCAUAUCAUUUUGACAGUCAAAACGGUAGCCGGAUGAAUACAUUGUUGCGGCGCUGGACGCUGGGGCGGCUCCAAAGGUGGAGGUCCUUGGCCCUCUCUCCAGCCACUGAUGUUCGUAUUUGUGCGGCAGAUCUCCAUGUUGGCACCCCGGUGGCGACGUUUGACGUGAGAAAGGUUGAAUUAACUCCUCUGGAGCAGCGAAAGCUUACGUUCGACUCCCACGCCAUGGUGAUGGAGUUGGCGAGUAGUGGUUUGGAGAAACGCCAGGCCGAGCUGAUCGUCUCCGCUCUGGUGAUGUUAACGACGGCCAACAUGGACAUUGUCUACAAAGACAUGGUGACCAAGUCGCAUCAGGAAAUCGCACUGCAGCAGAUCAUGGCCCACUUGGACGCCAUCAGGAAGGACAUGGUGAUUCUGGAGAAGAGCGACUUUGCUAACCUGCGCUCUGAGAACAUAAAGAUGAAGAGAGAACUGGAGCAUCUGCAGAACCGACUAAAGGAGGAGAGCGAGAAAGUCCGAGCGGAGACCAAAUUGGAUAUCAACCUGGAGAGAAGCCGCGUUUCUGACAUGUUCACAGAGCAGGAAAGAAAACUGAUGGAGACCAACACAGAGUUCCACCAAAAGAGAACCGAGCUAGAACAUGACAACAUGGAGACCAGCAAGAAGAUGGACCUGCGGGUGGCUUCGCUUAAAACGGUCUUGGAGUCACUCAAACUGGAGACCAUUCGCUACCUCGCAGCGACUGUGUUUUCCUGCCUGGCCAUCGCUCUGGGGGUUUACCGGCUGUGGAGGUGACGCGUUCUUUGUGCCGGCCGGAGAAAGUGCUUUUAAAUCUGCUGAUUUCUAUUUUUAUCGUCAAGUAAACAUGUACAUGUCAAGACGUGAA